AUGGCCUGUAACUUGAAUGUUGGCCUGACCGCCAAGCUUGCGAUCAAGGUGGCGGAGAAGAAGGUCAAGGAGAACUUCCUGAUCACCUUCCUCAGAGCAAUCGGCUGCAAUUGGCUGGUGUGCAUGGCUGUGUUCCUGCAGGGCCAGUCGCAAGACAUGGUUGGCAAGAUGGUAGAAAUCAGGUUCCCGAUCUCUUGCUUCGUGGCCAUCGGCUUCGAGCAUAUCCCAGCCAACAUGUUCAUGAUCCCCAUGGGGAUGAUGGCUGGCGCCGACGUGUCAGUGCUGGAUUGUCUCUGGAGGAAAUUCAUCCCCGUGACUCGGUAA